UUGCUGCCUCGGUCGCCGCGGUCCCCGGGGAGCGGGCUCCGGCGCUCGCUCCCAUUGGCCGCCGCCGCGUCAGCUGGUGCGAUUUGCUGCUGUCGCUUUUGGCGUUCGGCCAUCCAGAAACAAACCAGUUCGAUGACUACUAAUAGUUAUAGCCAGAUGUACUAAUACACAACAAAUCACAGUCCUGCAGAGGGACGCGCAAAUGAGUUCCUAUUUUGUGAAUCCCACUUUCCCCGGGAGCCUGCCCAGCGGCCAGGACUCCUUCCUGGGCCAGCUGCCCCUCUACCCGGCCGGCUAUGACACGCUGAGGCCCUUCCCGGCCUCGUACGGGGCGUCGAGCCUCCCGGACAAGACGUACACCUCACCUUGUUUCUACCAACAGUCCAACUCCGUUUUGGCCUGCAACCGGGCGUCCUAUGAGUACGGGGCCUCGUGUUUCUAUUCUGAUAAGGACCUCAGUGGCGCCUCGCCCUCGGGCAGUGGCAAGCAGAGGGGCCCCGGGGACUACCUGCACUUUUCUCCCGAACAGCAGUACAAACCCGACAGCAGCAGCGUGCAGGGCAAAGCCCUCCAUGAGGAAGGCACCGACCGGAAGUACACGAGUCCUGUUUACCCCUGGAUGCAGCGGAUGAACUCCUGCGCGGGUGCUGUGUACGGGAGCCACGGGCGCCGAGGCCGCCAGACCUACACGCGCUACCAGACACUGGAGCUGGAGAAGGAGUUCCACUUCAACCGUUACCUGACGCGGCGCCGCCGCAUCGAGAUCGCCAACGCGCUCUGCCUCACCGAGCGCCAGAUCAAGAUCUGGUUCCAGAACCGCCGCAUGAAGUGGAAAAAGGAGAAUAAACUCAUCAAUUCCACGCAGCCCAGCGGGGAAGACGCAGAGGCUAAGGCGGGCUACGUGUGCCGCCUGGUCAUUCAAAUAGUCAAUUUUAGGUCCAGAAGUGUCCAAACCACAAGUUCUCAAAACUCUCUGAAAAAUGGCUUCCUCCGAGUUAAGCAAUUCUGAAAGGCAUUCUCUGGGAAAAGUCUGUGGAGGAGCGAGGGAUCUUCUUGCAAAUAAUGUGGGCUCAGGCAAAGACACAGCAUCUUGGUUGUCUGCUCAAAAACUGCCUAGAUUCUCCGUGGACA